AUGCUGAAGAGAAGUUUUAAUGUACUUACUGUUGUAAAUAGGAUCAGAUUAUCUUCUAAUAUAGGCAUUGCAUGCUACCACAGGAGCCUCCUAAGCCAACAACAAACAUCCACUCCAGCAUCGCCGCGGAAAGAAAUCAAGAGCUUGGAAGACCUGGCUGACUUGAAUUCCCUGGAUGGUGUUGAUACUGAACUAAUACGUAAUCUGAUUAACGAGCGCACUACAGAACUAAAUAUCAAGAAUGAAUUGAAUAUGCUCAGGAAAUUUUCUGCAGAGGAAGAAUUAGGCCACGAAAGCCCAAUGAAGAAGUUUGUUAGACCCCUCUGGAUGUUUAUAUUAAUGGGAUCUUCUGUAUAUUUAUUACUUCAUUACACAUGGUGGAAGUUAGAAUAUGACGAGAGGGAAAACGAGUUAAAGAAAGAAGUAGAAAUCUUGGAAUGCCAAUUGAAUGAGUUAAUCUCUCAGGAUAAAAACCGCGACAGUGGUAGAAGUAACGACGAUUCGGAAUCAGGUAAUGCCAAGCCUUGGUAUAAAAGGUUGUUUUAG